AUGACUACCUCUCGAGUGUCCAUCCACUUCACAAAGAGCAGCCCAUCUUUACGGAUCCAUCUCAUGGUACCCCGCUCAGCCCGCUUAGGCAUGUCAUUCACCCUGGUUUUUGGAAAGCCCACUCUGUUGGUCCGAAUGGUGCCACAGGCCCACAUCUCCAGCUUCCUCAGAACAGAGUGCCAACGGUCCUCCUCCGCUCUGGCAGGUUCCACGCUGGAAGCUCUGGACGGUUCCACGCUGCCCUUCCUCCGCUUCUUUGCCGCUGGCUUACCACCCCUUGAUGGCCGGGUGGGGGUAGGGGAAUUGAUCAAACCUGGCGACAAGAAGUGUGUCCUGAAUGAGGGGAUGCCCAUACACCGCCGACCGUUUGAAAAGGGACGCCUCAUUCUCCUCUUUUCGGUGGUAUUCCCCGCAGCCAACUUCCUCCCCAAGCACAAGCUGAAGGAGCUAGAGCACUACCUUCCUGCCAAGAGUGAGGCGGAGCAGCCCGAGAGUAUGGACGACAACCUCUACAUCUACGCCGACCUGGAAGACUGCGACCCGGCCAGAGUAAGACGCAGUCAAUACCACUACAUGGUGGAGGAUGACUACCCAUCUGCUGGUGGGGUCCAGUGCCAGACCUCAUAAGCCCCCUCACCUCUAACCCCAGGCCCCUCUGGAUACAUGCACAAUCUGCAUAUACAUUUUUUAUUCUCUCAACUUACAAUGCUAACUGCUGUGCUGAAGAGGUCCUUUGGGCCGGAUACCUGGAUCUACGUUCCAAUGCGACUCGGCUGCCUUUUACUUGGAUCGUGUGCCUGAGUGGCUGAAAUGGAUUUCUGGUUAAAUUCCUUAGAUUGAGAUUUUGGAAGCGCUAUGGAUGCUGUCACUGACUUUUUUUUAAAGUGUUUGUAUAUUAGCAGGUUUUGAACACCCGCUGUCUUUGCUUUGACGUCACGGUGAGUACCGUUGGCAAAAAAUAUAUAUAUAUWUUUUUUUKGGCAUCCAAAGGUCACGAAAGAAGAUAGUUGGAAGCUAUAAUUCAUGUUGCCUAAUUGAAUCCUCGCAGUGAAGAACCAUAUAGGCCUUUGUGCAUAUUGUUCCAUUUUAGAAUAAUUAAAUGUUUUUGUAUUCCACAUUAGCAUAGUUGAAAGAUACUUGCCAAAUAUUACACUAUUUAGUUUUUAUUCAUUUUUAAUAAUGAUGUAAUGAUGCAUGUUUAUCUCCAUUUCAUGAAAUGCACAUUGACCUUGUGGUUCUUCAUCCGAAUCAUCCUAUCUUCUGUAGUAUGGCAUACUUGGUUAUGUUCAACUGAUGAUGGAAAAAGUUAUUUACCCCAUUUGUACGAUCUAGAGUUGUCUAAUCUGUUUAAUUCUACCACUCUUCAUGGGAAUUAGUCAAACUGUAAAUAAACUUUCAAUAGGCAUCAAGCCGUUC